CUGAGAUGGGGAAGACGGUUCUGAAGAUCAGCGGGCCAGCUGCUCGCAAGAAGAAGGUGGUGAAGUUGAUUCAAGAUGCUGGGGGCGAUCGUGCUACCGCAGCAUACAACGAGCUCAUCCACAAGGAUCAGACAGGGUUAGACCAGAUGCUGGCUCAGACCCCAGAUGACAAACAGUUGAGAGCGCUGCAGAAGCUCUUGACGAAUCACGAGAUCUCGUGGACCCACGAGCAGCACCGGCGCGUCUCUAGCGUCAAUGCUGUAACCGACGGGAACACGGACGACACCACGGGCCGCGGCAAGGGCCAUGCGCCAAAGCCCCAGCCGAUCGCCCUCGACGAGAAUGACUGGUCGAUCCCGAUCGCCCAAGCCCCCAAGAAGUUGCCCAACGGUGAGUCUGAGCCCUCCAUCUCGCUGCACUCUAUGGUGGAUGCUGAGAAAUGGUGCUCUGCCAUACGCCGCCAGAAGGAGCCGAUUGCGAUCCUAGCCGUCGGCACUGGUAGCGACAAUUGGGCACACGCCAAGAUCCAGAUCUCAGCCCUGAAGGUCCCACAUGGUGCCAGGAUGCCGCGGAAGACAUUCAUGGACGGGGUCAUGUACCAAUUCGACGAGACGGGUGUAGAGAUGAAGACCAAACUCGCGCAGCUUGACGCUGCGGACGCCAAAGCCACAUUCGUGCGCAUCACCAUCCAUGAGGCCGACGCCUUAGUUGUCAAUCCCACGAUGAAUGACGUCCUCAGCUCGCAGUUCAGCGGGGCCGCACCCAUCGUGAUCAGAGGUCCCGCGAAGUUGCCUUUGGACAUCACCAAGGGCGACCGUGGGCAUUUCAGCAUGCGCGUGCUUCGUGAUCAUCGUCAAGCGAAUGAAGCAGCCACUGCUGUCCGAGGGUCUGACAUCGCACUGGCGCGGCGCAAGUGGCGCAUCGACGACAUCCCCAACGGCCGUGACACAAGGGGCCAGGUCGCGGACGCAGCGCAGACGGCCGGCUGGACUGCGGACAUCGCCUACGUCAGCUUCGACAUCAAUGAGAAUACCAACUUCGCCAUUUCCCGCUCCGACACCGAGCCCUCCAACAAGUACUGGAAGUUCGGCUCCUCCACGCCGUGGGUCGUCGCGGAG